GAUUUGAUGUUGUUGUUUUUUUUUUUUUUACUUACAGAAAAUGUGCAACAGGUCAGACACAGGACAUGAUUUCAUCGUCUGCUUUUGCUUUGAAGCUUCUCUUCCUGCUCUGUGGUGAAGAACAAUACCAGGGUGGGGGGUGGAGGAGGGUGUCCAUGUCUCACAGGAAGGAGAAGAGCAGAGGAGGACUGUUGGAUGACACAUCUUUCACUUCUUUUAUUCACUCAGAAGCCAUGAAGACACAUCUGCYUCAUUUACUGCUUUUGACUCAGAUCUUUGAAGUCUGUGCAGAGUUGAAGCUUCUGACCGAGGGUCAGUCCCUGAGGCUCUCCUGCACCCCUCAGCAGGGCCUUGGGCCUCUGAGGGGCCUCCACCUGUACCACCACGGGGGUCAGGCUCAGACCACACUGCUGUCCGUGGCUGAGAGCGGGGCGGUCAGGGUGGACCCGGGUCGUGGUGCCCGCCUGCAGCUGCAGCUGAGCGGGGGUCUGAGCUCAGCGGGGGUCAAAGUGAGCAUCUCUCCCCUGCAGCCGAGCGACUCGGGACUUUACGUGUGGGAGCUGAGUUACAGAGAGAGGGACGGUUCAGAUCUGACCAUCCUGGGGGAAAACAAGACCCUCCUGCUGGUGGAAGGAAGAGCAUGCAGCUGCUCYCAGAGCCACAUCAGUCUGCUGCUGACCCUCUCUGCAGCUGCAGUGCUUCUCCUGCUGGCCUUCAGCUGGAUGCUCGUAGACAAAUGUAUAAAGGCGAGCCUCGCCCCCGCCCUGCAGCCUCACUCCCCCAUCUACGAGGAAAUGARCAGGAAGGCGCAGCCCCCCGGCAGCCCCAAGAACAACGGCGAGCCGCCCUCACACCUGGAGGAAAUAAACUUCCCAGUUUACGCCAAUCCAGACAUCAUCCAGCAACCGCAGGACAACUAUUACGCCUGUCCCCGAAAACCCGUCACGCUGACAGGAAACGACAUCACAGGACCCCCGCAUGUUUUCAGUUUCUAAAUCAACUGAUUUAAUUUUGGUGCUCGAGUGUGAGCAGGAGAUGUAAAUAUUUAUUAAAUAUCUUWCGUUGAAUAUGAUCCCAUGUUUUUGGAUUUUGGGUGUUCGGGCCUCCUGCCCGGUGAGGCAGCAGCUCCUUGCGGCCCUGAACACAAGAGGGUGAAUCUGGAAGGAUGGAUUUAUUUCAUCCUUAAAUACAGUUCUUACAGCUUAAACUUCAACCAAACCAUUUUGCGAAACUUUAAACAUGAAAAAACAUCAUGAGACCAAACAGAAGAAAUAUAGGAAACUAUUUUAACAGAGAAAAUAUUGUUUUCUAUUCUGGUUUCCUAUUAGUCCCUUUUAUACAGUAAGAAAUUAUUAUAAAAUGCUGAAUAUUUACGAGUACUAUGUGAGACUUUCUGAUCGAUGCUAAUUAUUAAAAAUCAUUUUGAUUACA